AUGCGGUUUCUGCUCCAGUAUCUGGGCUGCUUCUCAGCCUUCCUCUCGGUGGGGCUCCUCAUCAUGGCCACCUGGACGGAUUGUUGGAUGGUCAACACCGACGACUCCCUGGAGGUAAGUGCCACGUGCCGUGGCCUCUGGUGGGAGUGUGUCACCAAUGCCUUUGAUGGGAUAACCACCUGUGACGAAUACGACUCCAUCUUUGCUGAGCACCCAGUGAAGCUGGUCCUGACCCGGGUUCUGCUAAUCACCGCUGACCUUCUGGCCGGGCUCGGAUUCGUGUUUCUCCUUCUGGGCCUGGACUGUGUGAAGUUCCUCCUGGAUGAAUCGGGGAUCAAAAACCGUAUCUGCUUCAUCUCUGGCCUGGCGCUCUUAGCAGGAGGUAUUCCUGGGCUCAUCGGCUCCACCUGGUAUGCCAUUGAGGUCUACGUGGAGCGCUCCACCCUGGUCUUCCAUAAUGUCUUUGUGGGCACCCAAUAUAAGUUUGGCUGGUCUUGCUGGCUCGGGAUGAGCGGUUCCUUGGGAUGCUUCCUAGCCGGUGCCUUCUUAACCUGCUGCGGACGCCUUCUCCAAGAGGCCAACUCGGAGAAGGACUUCCAUCCUGGUGCUAUACGGAAGGUUUACCUGCCUCCUGCCCUGACUCUCUCCUGCCAUCCGUUUGUGUCGACCGCCACGGGACACCCGUGCAAGGGUGUCCUUACACCCGGCAAGGGACACCCGGGUGUAAGGAUGAGGAAGUGGUGGUGGGGGGCACAAGACAGGCUCUGA